AAAUUGCGCCGUUCAAACGUGAGAUGAGUGCGUUUACUCUGGAAGCUGCACCGGCUCGACAGGUGAAUAGUUCAGCGAAUACGCCUAGAGAACAGUCUGUUCAAGGUCAAGUUGGUGGGAAGACAACGUUUGGCGCCCCGGCUACUUCUUCGGCCUUUAAUGGUUCACUCGGAAACUCGAUGUUUGGGUCUAGCUUACCUGGAUCUCGAGCAUUUUCAGCAUCGGGAUCUAACGGUACUGCGUCGCGACCUUAUUCCUUGUCUGGUUCGAUGUGUGCUACGUCAAAGACACCGGAAAAUCAGGGUUUUGGCUUUCAGAGGCGAGCUCCUGGGCAGUUUUCGGGAGCUAGUCUGGCACCCCGACCGCAACAGGAUCCAAUCGAACAACCAGCUCAAUCAAAAGUACCUGAGAAGCCAUCGUUCAGUGAUCUCAUAUCGGAGCGUAGGAGCGUCGACGUUUCCCACCAAGCUAGGGUAUCGACAGAAGAGGACGAAGGGUCACUGUUCAUUCCGGAACAGUCGACUGUGGAUCGUGGGGAUGAUGUGGAAGUAAUUGGUGAAGAUGUACUCAUGUUUGAGGCUCCACGAACUCCGAGCACACCAAAGCCACAGCAGCAUAUCCCUAACAUGAUUCCAUCGCCAUGCCCCACCGGGCCAUCAACACCCGUCACGCCCUCAACACCUAACUUCAGAAAGCCCAUAGUUCCUGCUAGCGCCACCAAGGACGCCAUAUCAGCUUUCAAAAAUGUGCGUGCGGGCUCCCAAGUUUCAGCCUCCAGUAUGCCAGCACAAAACCUUACGCGAAGCCAUCGCAACGCAUCAGUCGUGUCUGGACUCUCAUCAUCUUCACGUACAGCGACGAUCAGAAAACGCAACAGAAAGGUUGUUAACCUAAGCAGUGACGAAGACGAAAGCGACUACGCGCCUGAACCCUCCGACGACGAAGAGGAGAAUCUAGAGUUACCUUUGGGAGUAGGACAAGAGCCAAAAGCCGAUAAAACCAAAAUGAGAAAAGUACAACCAGGGCCGGUUUCGAAGAAAGCAAAGACGGAUAUCAAGACAGGCAAGAACCCCUUUGGUUUCGAUAUCUUGGCCCAAUCUAUGUCAAAUGUCAAAAACAGUCAACUCGUUCCAUCGACACUAAAGAAGCUACCGAAACCUUCACCUCAAACUACCCUACCACCCAGCACUAAAAAGCCCAUCUCAGCAAACAUGAAGCCCAAAAAAUCUCCCCGCCUCCCCGCCCACCGCUCAUCAAAGCUCGCUGCCGCAUCGAAAAUAUCCCAGCAACUCGCCGUCAAUGCAGACUCCCUCGCCGCUCAAGAGGCACCAGAAAGCGGUGCGGUCGAAAACGUGAGAGACGGACUGAGAAGUAUGAGUCUGACGCCUGUUUUGAGCGAUAAAUCGACGGAGGAUGUUGAAGCAUUGGCUGGGUCGAGGCUUACAGGUACUGGGGGCAGGGGUAAAGCGUUGAGGUCGCGUCCAGAGUGGAUGGCUUGGACAAAGAGGAGGCAGACGGGAGAUAGGUAUUUGGCUAGCAUUGGUGAGGGUGGGAAUGUGGAUGAGGACAACGACGAGGAUGUGGAUGGAGAGGCAGAGAGUAACGAGAUUAUGGAUGAUGCGCUAUGGAAGGCGCGGACAUUGAGGGAAGAGCAAGAGGGGGUUACGUGCGUAACGUCAAGGCAGUUUGUGUAUGAGAUGGCGCUGUCGUUUGUCGUUGUCGUCUCCCAAGGCAUUCGCGACUGGGAACACUAUGAUCCUAUUGGAUUAUCGUUGCGACAUAGCGAUGACUGCGAGACUCUCAACGUAAUCGUCAAGAGUCCACUGGGUUUGUCAAAUUUCUAA